GCCCAGAGCCACUGUGCGUCGGCUGCCGCGUGUGACGUGCCGCGAAGUGACGCGACGGCCGCGCCGCGCCGCGACUUGACAGCGCCGACCGUCGGGUCACAACCCAGGGGUCGCCACAGCCGCAGCUUAAAGCAUUUGGUGCUUAGGGCGGGUGCAGCAUGCGCCUGUUCCGCGGCCGGCGUAGCUCGGAGACGCCGUCGCCGCAGCCGCAGCCGCCCCCAGCCGGAGGGCAGCAGAAUGGCGCCGACAGCCCGCCCCCAGGCACCGACUUCCAGACCGUCAAGGCGGUGCCAGCGCUCGUUCUCGAGGAAGCUGGCCCCCGCGAGGUCAAGAAGAUGCUGUCGACGUGGGGGCGGCGUAUGGGCCGCAAGCUGGAGGCGAUGCGGCGCCAGAGCGACGGCGGCGCCCCCGCCUCCGCCGACCGCGAGCCCAGCGUGCGCAGGAGGCCGGGCUGGCGCCUGGGCCGCGCCUCCGCCCCCGAUGUGUCGCCGCGCCGCCCCCUGCUGCCGCCCGCCUCCGGACCCACCCCCUCCCCCGCCCAUGCACCUUCCGCCGGUCCACCGGUACCCGCCCACGUGGCGGUGUCGCUGUCUGCGUCGUCGACGCCGCAGCCGUCGCCGCGGCACGAGCUGCUGCACGCCGCGCCCUCACCCCUGCGCAACUUCUUCACUCGCAUCGGCUCCACCGGCAUGCUCUCUAGGAACCAGGUGAGCCCGUUCCGCGGCGGCUCGGCAUGCAGCAGUGCGGCCGGCUCGGCGUCGGACGUGAGCGCGGCGGCGCUGUACAAGAGCUGCAGCACGUCGCACCUGGUGCGCGACGACGGCCUGCGCUCGCUGGCCGCCUCCGUGGUGGGGGUGGCGGCGGGAGCGGCGUCGGACGCGGAGGAUGCCGCCUCCACGGCGUCGGGCUGCACGGAGGCCGACCUGAGCGGCGGGGGCAGCAGCGCCGGCGGCAGCCCCGCCAGGGACGCCUCCUCCGCCCCCACUGCGAGCAAUGGCUACGUGCCCACCAAGGCCGUAUCUUGCGACAACAUCAACUCCAUAGGCACCGCCGGUGGCGCGGCAGCGCAGGGCGCUGCCGGUGCGAGGCGGACGUCGCAUUUCCCGUACGCCUUCCUGCGUUCCAAGCUUUCGGUGCUGCCAGAGGAGAACGGCGCCGGGGGCGGAGGCCGGGGGGCGGCGUUCCGAGCUGCCAUGGCCGCGGCGGCCGGCAGGGGCAGCGUCGGAGGCGGCGAUGUGACGGCGGCGACGCUGCAGCCGCCCACUGUGGGCGACGCCCGCUGCGGGCUACGCGCGCGCGCCAGCUCCGAGGAGUGCGUGACGCGGCUGGCUGAGAGAGCGCGCAGCGCAAGUGACGCGGACGUGGAAGCCGCGCGGCGCCAGCUGCAGCUGUGCGGCACCCUGGGCCGUCCCGGCGCGGGGGCGGCGGCGGCGGCGGCAGCGGGGGUUGGCAGCAGGGAGCAGCGUCGCAGCUUCCCGCCCAACGUGGCUGCCGCCGCCGCCGCCUCUGUCUACCACCUGCACGAGGCGGACCCCUACGGCGGCGGCGUGGGCGCCCUGGGCUCCACGCCGCCCCCACCGCCCCCGCCGGUGCCCGCGCGCUCCGCCGCCCACGCCCCCAUCCACGCCCCCGCCGCUCCCGGUGAGGAGACGCGCACGGCCUGGCCGCGGCGCGGACGCUGGGCCAGGUCGUCUUCGGCCAGCCUCCUACUGCCCUCCGCCAGCAGGCCGGCAGCGCCCACGCCGGAAGGGACGCCGCCAACGCUGCGCAAGGCGUCCGCCCCCGCGGCUGCCCCCGCCUUCGUCGUUCGGAGACUGGUGCAACAGUCUCCGCCUCCACCGCCGCCGAGGAGAGGCUCCACUCCGCCGCCCACCACACCGCCGCCCCCACCGCCGCCCCCGCUUCCGCCUCCGCCUCCGCCGCCGCAGCGCUACUACCACCAGCAGCAGCAGCUUAGCCCGCUGCUAGAAGCCGCGCCUGCCCCCGUCCCGAGCAUCCACCGGCCGCCACCGCCGCCCCCACAGCCGCCCUCCGGUGGACACCACCAGCACCACCAUACGCCGACGCCCAUUCCAUCACCCGUCCACCCACUGCCACCCGCGCCUUCACCUUCGCCGUCGCCCACGCCGCUGAGCUACUCGCGGACUCUGCAACCGUCCCCUCCACCGCCAGUGACGCCCCGCAGUUCGACGCCUCCGGCGCUGCCCCCACGCCCCCACACGCCUCCCACGCCGCCCCCUCGCGGCCAGACUGACGCCCGCCGCCAGCAGUUCCUUACGUCGCAGCUGCAGGGCACAAAAUCUCCCACCACCACCGCCACUACUGCUACCGCUGCCGUUGCAGACGACGAAGAGGCAGCGGAAGCCAGGGACACCUUCCAGGAGGACCCGACGCGCUGUCCGUCGCCGCGGAGGCAAUCCCAGCAGCAGGUGCAGCAGCAGCUGCAGCUGCAGGCGCAGCAGCAGGCGGCGAGCCGGCGGCGUUUCCGACUGGUGCGGCUGCUGCGCGAGACGGCGCCCGGCCGCGCCGCGGAGCUUGGCAUCUCGCUGCGACAGCUGAUCGAGCCGCCGUCGGCAACGCCGCGCUACCUCGUAACGCACAUCGCGCCCGGCAGCGUGGCCGACAGGGACGGCCGGCUGCGCGUGGACGACGAGGUGGUGAACGUGGACGGGCGGCUGGUGCGCGGCCUCGCCACGCUGUCCGAGGCGCGGGCGCUGCUGGCGGACGCACGCCUGCCGGAGGUGGAGCUGGUGGUGGCGCGCGACGAGCAGCCGCCCCCGGAGAAUGAGCGAGGACUGUCUGCGCUUACAGGUGGCAGCCCUGAACACCGCGUGGCCGUCGCGGCUGCAGCUGCUGCGCCAGUGAGCCGGCGCGACAGCGACGUCGUGGUACCGUCGCCGUUCGGCAGCCCGGAGCACCGCGGCAGUCUGUCGGCGCGGCGGGACAGCAUGGGGCUGUCGCGGCGAGACAGCAGCGGCAGCGCCGGCAGCCCAGCGAUGGGGCGGCGCGACAGCACGACGAGUCAGCGCAGGCUCGGCCACCGGGACAGCGUCUCGAGCACGCGCCGCGACAGCACGGCUCAAGGCCUGGGUCACCGCGACAGCCUGGCGGCGCCGGUGGUGCCGGAGCCGUGGCGGCGCCACAGCGACAACCUGUGCCUGCUGAACCACCGCGCGCGCCUCUUUGUCACGUCGCGCAACGUGGCCUCCUGCGACGAGGCGACGACCAUCGUGCCGGUGCUGGCUGCCGUGACGCCGCCGCUGCUGCGGGAGCGCACCGAGAGCCACGACCUCGACUCCUCGCAGGAGGACGUCUCCGGGGAACCCCCGCCGCCGCCGGCGCCCAGGCCGAUCAUCCCGCCGGUGUCGCUGACGAACCGGCGUGACCCGUACCUGGCGACGCGGCGGGCGUCGCGCGCGGCGCUGCACGUGGCGGCCGUGGCGAGCGCCGGCGGCGUCGGCGUCGGCGUGUGCAACAGCGCCAGCGGGCUGCUCUCCGCCGGCAGCGACGCCGCGCAGAAGCGCACCCUCAGCGACAGCACGGGCGCCCGCUCGCCGCUCGCAGAGAUGGUCGACGACGUCUUCGUGUCGACGCCCGCGCUGCGCGGCGCCUCCCCGGAGACCAAGCAGCGCCAGCAGCAGCACCCCAUGACGGUUCACACCGUGCUGUUCGAGAAGGGCCCAGGCAAGAAGUCUCUGGGCUUCAGCAUCGUGGGCGGCCGCGACUCGCCCAGGGGCCACAUGGGCAUCUACGUGAAGACCAUCUUUCCCACGGGGCAGGCCGCCGAGACGAAGACACUCCAGGAAGGUGACGAGAUACUGGCGCUGAACGGAGAGCUGAUGACGAGCUUGUCACACGCGGAGGCCAUCGCAGCUUUCAAGAGGAUCCGCUCGGGACCCGUGGCACUGCGAGUCGCCCGCCGUACUGGACACGGCGCCAGAUCCAGCAAGUCCAAAUCUUGUGAAAACCUGGAGUGAAUAAUACACUGCUGCUGCAGCAGGAAAUGAAACUUCCACAUUACUUGCAAGUCAGCAUGGUGUUUGCAAGAAGAAAAGUCCCACUAGUCACAGAGAUCAGAACAACAAUAUACCGGGAAGUGGUAUCAAAUUCUUCAUCUGGCAACUGUAAUCACUUUUGAACAUUUCAAGUACAGGUUAUUCAUUCUUCAAUAAGAAGACAGUCUGUUAUUUACAACACAUGCAAAAUCAUUUGAAAUUUCACUUUUGGGAUUCUUUACCUUUUGUUGAAAGGAAGACACUUUAUAUUCAUAUCUCCCUAUUAGUUGUAACUGUUUAUGCCUUGUCACAUACUAUGCACAUUUCCUAGUUGUAACUGUUGAUAUGGCUUGAUGAUGAAAGAAUUAUUUUCCAUUUUGAAUUAAAGGCUACAAUGAAAGGCAGAUAUGCUUGUCAAAUACUCAGUUAUGGCAGAGGUAAUACAAAAUUGGUGGAAACAUAGAAACAAGUUCUUCAUCCAGGCCCCGAAGGCCCAUGGAAUGUCAAUCAGCUGCUGUGCCAUCUGCUGCCAUGUGGCAUCAAGCAGAUGCAGUAUGAAGUGGCAUGUGGUCAGUACACCACUCUCCCAGCCAUUUCACCAACUUUUCAGACCUUGGAGCUUCUGCUUCUCCCUUCUCAAUCAGGUAACUCCUCAAUUGGCUCCACAAGGCUGAGUGUAACCUAUACCAAUCCUCCCACCAAGGGAAAAUCCUUGACAGUAGCGGGAAUCAAAUCCAGAUCCUCCACAUAGCAGCCAUCUACACAGACCACUCAGCUAAGAAGGUGGAUGUAAACCUAUAAUGGAAGGAAUAAAUGUAAUGACUUAAUGCAUAGUUGAGGUUUUUUGGGUGGUCAGCAGAUACAUAAAAAAAUCCUAGAAAUUCUGCUAAGUUUUUGGACAGGAUCUUUCCUCAGAGCUCUGUGGUGUGAGGACAAUAUAGACAGUCAGAAAAGUCACCUUAUGAAUGUAUUUGUGUGUAUAUUUUUGCUAAUCAUUUAACUCUGAAGAAGCAGUCCAAAAGCUUAGCAACAGUUUCAACAUUUUUGUGUGCCUAUUAAGUGUUCACUGCCUCAACUGUAUGAUGAGAGGCUUCCUGAACCCCUUCCAUCAUUUAUAGCACCAUUUGUUCACUGCAUUUCACAGACCAACCAUGAAGGAGAACUUUCAGGAAAAUGAAACAAAUCAUGGUACAUGAGUGGACCCAAUGAGGGCCAUUGACAUGUGGUUGCCUUUGCCUCUCCCCCCCCCCCCCCCCUUACCCCUCCAUCAAGAAAAAAAGAAAUUCAGUAUCAGUUUGAAGAACGAUGGAAAAAUUAAAGGAUACUGAUUGGUAGCAAGUGUACCCAGAGCCAUUUGCAAUAAAAUCUCAAAAUCAUUUAUCAUUCACUGUGAUACCACCAUGAAUUGUCUGCCCAUCUUAGCUGACAUCUGGGUAUACACUUGUCAAGGUAUGUCUUUACUAAGAAACUGCUUUUAUCAGACAGAAUAUAAUUCUUUCCAAAUAACGUUAGAAACUACAUUAGCAAUUAUAUAAUGUCCAACUGCUACAAACUAGCUGUACAUGCUGAUACUAAAUUAAGUUCUAGGUUAAAUUUUUAUAUUCAGUCUUUAAGUAAUUGAUCCAUUCUCAACAUUAACACAUGUGAAAUGUGCAUUGUGCUUGUGUUAUUACCAUACCACUAAAAUUGAAAAUUAUUCAAAUUGUCACUGUAGUUAUGGAGUUUGUCAUAAAUUAUUUAAGAAUUUUGGCUACAGAUAUCUUCAAAGUUGUAUACAAUUUCCCUGAGACCACUUCUCCUCUUGCAUUCUACAUUUGCUGUCUGAUUACAAAAUGUGCUUGUGUGUCAUGUGCCAAAGUUUGAUAAGCAUUUUUCAUUUCUUAAAUAUGCUAUUUGACAUAACACGAGGAAACUGACAAUUCGGUUGGAAUUGUGUAAGCCUUUAACAAAUUUCUAAGCUGGUAUUAUCCCCAGUAGAGUUUUAAUUAAGUAUUAUUUUCACAUUUUAGUAUGUAUUUGUUUAUAUACUGGAUGUUUUUCCUUCAUAUCUAUGAUCAUUGAAAAAACAGUGAUGAUAAUACUGUUGCAUAUAUCUCUCUCCCAUAUUCAUAUUCAAACUAUUAUACUGUACAAAAUACCCAUGUUGGUGUAAAUAAUAGUUUACAUUCCAAAGAUAUUACUGCUGUUGCUGUCAGUGUCAUGUUUGCAUAUAUGUAUGUCACAUUAUUUAAUUUUUGUGUAAUUUAAUGAGAUAUGUGAAUUGAAGUCUUGUGUAAUAAUGACAUGGAAAAACAAAAUUUUGAAAUAAAAGAGAAAGGAAUAUGUGGAUUCAAAAGUA